CGACUGUAGGCAGGAUUAGAAUAUUCAGAUCUGCUAUGACCGUAUCAUGAGUUUCCCAGAGGGGUAUGAGACGAAGGUUGGGGAGAGGGGCGUGAGACUGAGUGGAUGUGAGAAGCAGCGCGUGGUAAUCGCUAGGACCAUAGUGAAGAAUACGAGGGUGCCGCUUUUGGAUUAGGCUACUAGUGCGUUGGAUGGUGCGUACAGGGAGCUCCUUCAACUUAAUGGCCUCUUUGCAUCCAUGUAGCAGGUCAGAUCAGCGCGUCCAAAAAUCCCAGCUGGAUACAACAUCGAUGACGAUGCACCCGUCGUCGGCAUUCCCGAAUUUGAAACGCGCAGCACAGCAGUCGAAGAGCGCAUAGUCGUUGAUUCUCCCCAAGUCGUUCUAGCAUCCCUACAAGCCAAACCACAUGUACCUAUAUCAUCCCCCGUAUCCGACGAUGCACCCCAAGCCUUCUCAACGACAGCACCCACGUCCGAUGCGCCUUCCAUUCACAGUUAUCCAGAGUGUUCAGUCGUACCUGCGCAUGGACAAGACGCGAGUGUUACGUUUGGCGCAUAAGUGACCACGCCUCCACGGACGGGUUUCCCUGCACAUAAGAGAGCGCUUUCGACGCAUAAUUUCCAGAGACUUGCGAAGAAGAUAAGUCUCAGCGGUGAAGCUCCGAAAUUGCCUGGGGUUUGACACCGGGACGUGAGCUUGCGAGAGGCAAGUAGUAUGACGAGCAGCGGGAGUGGUGGUACCAUGGUCUGGGAUGUUGGUCUGUUGCAGUGGGCGUGAGUUUUAUACACUUUGUAUUGCUAUGCGUGGUACAGGAAUUUAUAUAAUCUGCAGAGGUGGAAUUCUAGCGCUAGAAUAUAGAAAGGAGAAUGAAGACACAAGUCAUGCAAUUGAUGAUAUGAAUUAUAUAGUAGAGUAUGUAGUACCAACUCAGAUGUGCAACAUAUCCUCGACAAAGACGAAGUCCACAAUUACAAUCGGGUAAGCAUAAGGUAUAGUUAAAGUCAUCAAUAU